AACUCGUGAGUCAAUCAUUCUCGACGGUGGCUAACUCACAGUAGAAAAACCACGAAACCACGGCGGAGGGUUUAUGAAACGGAGGCCAAACAGCAAAGUUCACGUUUCUUCUUUCUCUGCGCAUUUCCUCAAUCAUCGGAAAUGGAGACGGCACGGCUCCGUUUGGUGUUCGAGGAUCCGAACAUUCUCAGCAAGUCGCAGAAGAAACAAGGCCUAAAACGAAGCUGGUUUCUCCUUAAACCACAACAUCAAACCAUCUCCGAUCUCACCUCCGAUCUUCUCGACAUUUUCGACCUCCGAGAAUCAUGCUCCAACGGCCUCAUCCUCUACAUGGAUGGCUUUGUUUUCCCUCCUUUCGAAUCGAUUUGUAUUUUAAAAGAUAAAGAUAUUGUCAGUGUGAAGAAGAAAGGAAGGAAAUCGACUGAGAUUAUCGAGUGUGUUAAUGAUUUCAACCUUUUGGAAGAAUUGGAAUUUGUAGAAAAAUUGGCUGUGAAAACAGGCGGCAAGCUUCUAGCUAAUGAGGAAUUUGAUAAGGAAACCGGUGGAUAUGAAAGUGAAUCGGAAGAAGAUGAACGAGAACUUGUGCCAUUGGAGAAUCAGGCACAAGUUGAAAGCACACCAAUCGAAAACAUGUUUUCUAAGAAAAGGAAGGGUCGGGAUAAACUUCCAAGCUCGAGGAAGAAGAAAAGCAAAUUGGUUGGUUCUGAGAAAUCUCCGGUUUCCGGAGAUGAUGGAAUUGAUAUUUGUCCGAAGAAAAGGAAAAGAUCUCAUAAACAAAAGGUUAUUUCAAAUGACAAGGUUGUUGAGAAGGACAAGCCAAUUGACAUACAGGGAGAACCAGAGAAUACAAGUGGCCUGAAUAUUGAUGAAAGUAGUGACGAUCAAACCAAUUUGGGGAGGUCCCCCCAUCCUCAAAAUACUAGUAAAGGGAGCGACGAUGAACCUAUGACAACUACUGAUGUUAAAAAGCUCCCUAGUAGAAGUGCACGGCGCAAAAAGGCUAAAAGGCGAUGGUUGAGGGAGCAGGCCAAAUUUGAAAAGGAAAAGCUGCAAUCAAAACAGAUGCAUGAAAAAGACGAUCAGCAAUCACCUGCAAAAGAGAACCUCAAAUUUUCAGAAGAGCAUCGACAACCAAUUAGCAAUAAUGAUGUCGAGGAUAACGUGGUUCCAAUAGUAGUUAGGGCAGGACACAUUCGCUUUGAGCCCCUGGAAGAAGAAGAUGCAGAACAAGCUGUCCAACAAAGUCAAAUUCCAGUGAAAAUCUUUCAAUGGAAUGGAAUAACCAGCAAGAAGAAGGGUCAAAAAUGGGGUAUGGAGAAAACUCCUUGUUCGAAAAGGAAUGAUAACAGUUUUAGUCAAGUGAGUUCUGAAAUGAUGGAUGAUAACAAAAACGCCACUGUAACUGAUGACAUGGACUUUGACAAGCUUACGCCCUAUUCUAUCUCGCCUAAGGAGGGAGAUUUAGUUGCAUAUCGCCUAAUUGAGCUAUCAUCAACUUGGACCCCUGAGCUUUGCUCCUUCCGAAUUGGAGAAAUAUCACAUUAUGAUGCUGAAUCCAACAUGAUUAAGCUGAUACCGGUGCCAGGAUAUCCAAUUGCUUCUGAAGAGACAAUAGAUCAGGAGGCUUCUGAGCUACCAGAUACAUCUCUUUACGGAGAAGAUGGGUCAUUAGAGAUAGAUUAUUCCUCUCUAGUUGACGUCCGCCUUGUCAAGCAUGGCAAUCAAAAUACCACAAAAACAAUUGCCGAUGUCAGCAAUGACAAUCAUGUGCAGGAUCGGGAUGUUUUAACAAGACAGCCAAAUGGUAGCAAGGAAGCAGCCAUUGUAUCAGCCGCACCUACUGCACAAGCAGCUAAUGGUGCAGUAAAUGUGUGGGACGAAAUUAACGAGGCCUUGAGUGCAAAGAAGGCGGAGCUGUCUAAAGACGACUGUUGGAGUCGAGCAGAUAGCUCGGGGAGGAGUGGCUGGUCGUAUAGGGCCCUGAGACGCAGUGCCCUUGGCCCCACUGUGGGCUUCUUAAGAGCACAGAAUGGGAUCUGAUUAAUAGCACCAGCAUCAGGUUUAAGUGUAUUUCCUGAACUGUUUUUUAACCUCUGAAAGAUUGAGAGCAACUAAAUGUGGUGACGAGACGU